AUGGCCUAUGCCGAUGCGGAGGACGCCAAGGCCUUGGAUGAGCCUCACCAGCUCCUGUACGACCGCCUGUCAGGCCUCCUCCAAGAGCACCACGAAGCUGUGGAGAAGCAGCUUGAAUCGCUCCAAGGUGCACUGGACAAGGUGCGCGGGUGCUUCUCCGUCGAUCAGAGCCACAGCUUAUCAGCCUCGGCUCCUGGCGUCCAGAUCCGGGAUGUCUUUCAGGCUGAUGUGAGCAAGGGCCCAUCACCCAAUGAGAUGGUGAGGGAGAAAGCAUCAAUGGCCUCAGGAACUCCGAGCAUCCUCUCGAAGCUGCAAAAUGCGCUUCUUGACCAGGGCUCUUCUGAAGCGAGCGAGUUGAGCCUACCGAGCAUGAACGGGCGAAGCAGCGGUGAGUCGAAGAAAACGAUUGGGUUUUCAGAGGAGGUCGAGGUGCAAAGCCCCGAGCAGCCCUGCAGCCCAGCCACCGCCAGCAUGGACUUCCAGGAAACGGAGGAGUGGCAGGUCGGGAAAACUUCCUCUGUGGGCUGCAACCAGGACACGACAUUUCCGCGGCCGAGUUCCAACUCGCCUGGCCAGAUCGAUCGGAGCCGUGCCCUCUCCACAAGUACUCGGGAAGUGACUGAGAUGCAGGACCAACUGCAGAUGGCCUCAAUUCGUCGCAGAUCCUUGCGCGUGAGCGCCGUCAUAAAUCAGUUGGAUCUGAAUCUGGACGAGGACAACUGGCACCGCGGCAUCAGCACCGGCAGUGUGUUGCUGCCGACCGAGGACUUGGCGCGCCCACGCCUUUCCAAGGAUUGGGUGCGGGGCGUGAGCGUCGGAAGCAAAUCCGCCAGCCACUCCGGCUCCCCAACCGAGGAGCGGCAAAAGCGCAAGAAGGAGAAGAAGAAGACGCUCUUCGCCCAUGAGGGGGACGAGAACGAGGCAAUGAAGGAACGUGCACGCACUCUUGCUGCGGCACGGGACAAAUCCGCGGCGGAGAGCUCCUUCAGUGCCCAACUAGGUUCUCCGAUCACCAGAUUCGAGCGGCGUCGCUACCGAAUGCGCCGCUUCUUAGGAAGCCCGGCCUUCGAGGUCUUCGUCGGCUGUCUCGUUGCCUCCAAUGCGGUCAUAAUCGGCAUGGAGGUGGAGCAUCUGGCCCAACACCUCACGGAUCUCUCACCAGAAUGGUACCAGUGGGUGCACUUGAUGUAUGCUGUGGUCUUCACAGUUGAGCUGCUCCUCCGCAUUGGGUCCUAUGGCGUGCAUAUCUACAGCGAUGUCGAGCUGUUCCGCUGGGCGGCCUUAGACUUUCUCAUCGUCGUGUCCUCGUGGGUGGACUUGAUCGCCCAGUGGUCGGCGACGCAGGAAUCCGCCAUGACGGGGCUUGCUCCAGUCCGUGUGGCUCGAGUGCUGCGAAUCACGCGGCUGAUCCGCGUCACACGUUUGGCCAAGCUCAUGCUUUGGCUGAAGGCGCUCCGGACGCUUCUUUAUUCGGUGUUCGUCACGCUGAAAUCCUUGGUCUGGGCGCUGGUGCUCUUGGUGCUCAUCAUGUAUGUCUUCGCCAUACUCCUGACUCAAGCGGCUACGGAUCGGAUCCGUGAGAUGCAGGCGGCCCCGGAUUUCGAAUGGACAGACAGCGAUCUCGCUCUCAAAGAUUUCUGGGGCUCCCUCGGCGACGCCGUGUCCACCCUCUUCAUGUCCAUCACAGGAGGUCUUUCCUGGCAAGUUGCCGAGGACCCCUUGUGCCGGAUUUCGAUGGUGUGGAAGGGGGUCUACUUCAUGUACAUUGCGUUCACGAUUUUUGCAGUUCUAAAUGUCAUGACAGGCGUUUUCUGUCAGUCAGCUAUAGAAAGUGCUCAAAGAGAUCAUGACAUGGUUAUGCAGAACGUGGUUCAAGAGAAAGAAGGCCACAUGAGAAAGUGUCGCCAACUCUUCGGCAUGCUUGACCUCGACGAUACAGGAUCCAUCACCAUCACAGAGCUUGAGGAGCGACUAGAGGAUCCUCAAGUGAGACUCUUCUUCGAAGCGCUUGAGCUCAGUAUCGAUGAUGUGUGGACUUUCUUUAUGCUCCUGGAUGGUGACAGUGGCCAAGAGAUCGACAUGGAGGAGUUCCUUUUCGGAUGCAUGCGUCUCCGCGGUAAUGCGAAAGCCCUGGACCUCGCCAAGCUGAUGCAAUCGCACGCUUGGAUGGUCAAAAAGCAGGUGGAUUUCAUGAUGUAUUGCGAGGAGCAGUUUUCGAUGAUGCCACGACUGAUCAAAGGUGCCAGCAAGCGGCAGCAAAGAAGUGCCCUUGUUUGA